CACAGCUAGGUAAGCUCUGCUACCCCUCCCCCUCUUUUCUUUCCUAACUCCUCGAAGGCCUCCAAAUGCAAAGGUCACUUAAUAUCACGUCACCCCGAACACCACCUGCAUUAUCACUAACUUACCUAUCGUUGUGGUAUUUUCUGGUAUUUUUAUUUUUCUUAGCAAAAUCGAGUUGACCUCUUUCCUCAGUUGACCUGAUUUUGAGGUCAAGUCUCAUUCCAACCGGUUAUAGUAUCAUUAAAACAGCAUCAACAUCAACACACACACACACACACUAUAUACACACACACGAUAGACAUAAUUACUAUCGAGUAUUUCGAAAAUGAUCACCCUGAAGCCUUUCCCCGCCUUUCUGGGGUUGGUGUUCCUUUUCGUCUUCGCUCGACCGGCUCUUGCCUUCGGUGCUGGUAACAUUGCUGGUAUCUCCAAAGUCGAGGGACAAAACUGGCGUCAUGGCGAUAUUGAGGACACUCUUCUUUCUAUAUUAAUGGCCCAAGCCGUUGGAGGCAAGAAAUUCAACAAGCUUAUGGUCUCCCGCGUCUACUUCGGUAACUGGCUUCGAGAUUACUCCCAAGCUAUUGAUGUUGGUACGGUCAAAGCAGUCUCUGCCGAAGCAAUCCGACUCCUUCUAUGCGUUCUCGGCUUCUUGACUUUUGGCUACGGCUCCAAAGAAUUCGAAGUCACCGCCGAGCGUCUCGGUUGCUACCGACCUGAAGACCACAUUGACAACCCCAAGAAUUACGCCGACAACGAAGAUGCGCGCCAGUAUGACCGGCGACUACGUGGUCCUAUUGAUGAGCGUGUUGAACUCGCCAUUGACCCAGAGACAGGCCUGAAGAAUUAUAUUGCUAAUGAGGGCGUUAAUAUCAUGACUUCGGCACUGCACCUUAGGCGCCUAUUCGGUCGCUGCGUCGAACUUGCCCGAUCUUACAAACAGAACAACAGGAAGAGUGAUUUAUAUGAAGCUUUGCGACUACUUGGAACUGGCCUGCACUGUCUUGAAGAUUUCUUGGCCCACAGUAACUAUACCGAGUUGGCGCUUAUCGAGUUAGGCGAGCGUGAUGUAUUUCCCCAUGUCGGUAGGGACACCAAGAUCCAGAUUCCCGGCGCUCGACACGAUGUCUACCCUUGCGUCACUGGAACUUUCGGUGGCGUCGAUUUCCUGCACUCUGUUACUGGAGAAGUCUCGGACAAGUUAACGCAGAAUGAAAUCCAAGAGCUGGAAGGCGCUCUAGAGGAGAACUCGAAGAAAAAUGAUACAAGCAUUCUAGAGGGUCUCAUCGACAAGAUCCCCGAUGGUAUCUUCGGCGGUGACAACAAAAAGCAAAAGAUGGAGGAAAUCCAGAGCAACGCCGCCAAUGCGCAGAUGGAAAACACGUCGAUCUCCCCGAGAGACCCGGAAGAGUUCACCCAAUAUAUCCAACAAGUUUUCCAACAGAUUAUGCCUGCUAUUGAGUUCCACGAUGACCUUAUGAAGGGUAUCGGCGAGGCCAUUGAGAAGAUCCCUAUUCUACCCCAAAUCAUUGAACAGCUAGAAGAACAGCUUUCUAUGUGGACAUUCUCGAUUAUGGCACCUUUUGUGGUCCCUAUCAUUCAACAGGUCAAGAAUGAGCUUCGCACUGGGUCGUCAGAAAUCAUCGAGAGCAGCAAGAACGAGCAGCAUAUCGUCUUUAAUGAUGACGAAUGCUCCGAUCCGACGCACUCUAUGCUAUCCAAGGAUCACUUCUCUAACAUCCUUAACGAAAUUGCUGGAAAGACUGCUAGCAAGGUUGUUUACUGGGUCGUUCCUCAGAUCAUGGAGGCCUGGGAUGAUGAAGGUGUCGAUGUCGAUCGCCUGCUAAACCGCAUUAUCCACGGCGUGUUACACCAUCCAGCUCAGCGUGAUAUGGGAGACGAUGGAGCUCGUGACGGGCGACAAAUUAUGUUCCGUUCUGUCGAAGAGUGGUGGAACCAGAUGGAUGAAGGCGCCAAAGAUGAAUACCGUCAGAAGCUUUCUCGCGACGGCGUGUUUAACGGCGAAAAUCAUAAGGAGGGUGUCCAUGAUUCCGGCCAUGGUUGUGGAAAGCCUCUUGGAAUGCACAAGAACUUCGCCGAGGGCGGAUCUAUGGAAGAUCGCAUCGCAAGCCAAGCUGCUAGCGCCAUUGUCGGGGGCCUCACUGGUGGUAUCUCGGACUUCGUCAGUGCCCAAUCGGGUGGCCAAAUCAACCUACCCAACCUUGGUGGGAACCAAGAGUCUAGUAGUUCCGGUGGCGGCGGACUCCUCGGGGCUAUUGGUGGUUCUCUUCUAGGCGGAGCCUUUAAGAAUAAUGAAACGGAAUCGUUUGGAAGUAGGCGUCAGGACAAUGACGAAUCCUACACUGAGAGCCGCACUGAGUAUGGUCGCUCUGGUAGUCGCUAUGGUCAGGCUGAAUAUUCUGAAAACCAAUAUUCUGGAGGAGGCGAAAGUAGAGAAUAUCACCGUUAUGAACAAGAUGACAGUAGCGGCCGAGGUUACGGCUACGAAGAGCGAACUGAUUCCCGUCCCAGCUACGGAGGCGGAUAUGAGGAACGAACUGAACGUCGAUAUGAAAGUAAUGAUGACAACUACCAAGAAUCUAGCGGCUGGAAUCGUCGUGGUGGCGAUGAUGAUGAUCGUCAAGAGAGCUAUGGCAGCCGACGUGAUUAUGACGGCGAGGGCGGUUACGGACGCCGUGAGGAAAGCUCAGGGUAUGAACGUUCCGGUGGCUCUGGUCGUGAGGGAUAUGGCCGCGAAGAGAGCUCAGAGUACGGAUUUGAAGAGCGUCGUGAUGAGCGUCGCGAUCGAAGUCGCGAUAAUGAUGACACUGGGUUCCUGGAUACGGUUAUAAACCGAGUUGGGGACGCCCUUGACGAAGGUAGUCGCCGCCGUCGUGACGAAGGAGGCAGCGGAUGGGGAUUUUAGGAAAGGUUUCGUUCGCAUUAGAUACCUACCUUUUGACGUACGACUGGUGGUCUCGGCGAGGAGUUCUUAGGUCCUUGGGGUGUGAUAAGUUUUGGCGUGUGUUGUGUUAAGGAUACUCCUAAAAGUUACCACGUAAGGUUGGCUGCAAUGAUGUAAGCUUUUGUUUAGCUCUCUGUCUUUCUAGCAAGUCAAACAAGCCUCAUAAGGGAUAAUACUGCUACUCCGAGUACCUUAGGUACGUAAUUAUAAAAUAUGUGACUUUGGAAGCCA